AUGAGCACUCUCCUCUUCAACAUUUGCGUCGUCGACCGUUGCUCGUCCACUCUCUUUAAUGAAUACCGACACCACCUGACCGAAGUCCGACACCGAGCCCUCAUUUCCAGAGCCGCCUCCGUUACAAGCGCCCGUCUGCGGCGCCGUCGAGCAGACAAGGUCGCUCCCGUCACUCCUUUGCAGAGGCGCCGUCGCCGUGUCCCCGCCGGCUUCCACUCGUUACAUAGACUCCUUCAGCGUCGCCUCGACAUGAUGACCCCCACUCACGAGAUCCGUCGCCGCUCCUCGGGGGGCGACCGAAACCCCAUCAACAGCAACAGCAACAACACGGCCGCCUCCCCCGCACCUUAUGCUUCCGCACCCGACGUCCAUAGCCGUCAUCUCUCCAAUGAGUCUGCCGGGGCAGCCACAGCAGCCGUGCCCCCUCCGACAGCUGGCGAUGCUGCUGCUCCCCCUCCCUCUUCACCCAUGCGUCGCACCCACUCGCGUUCCACAUCGACCGCCUCACGCCAGGCGAACCGCCUCUCUCUUACGCUUCCCAUAGCUCCUCCCUCGGGGGACCCCUCCAGGCCCACGCCCACGCCUACUUCUCACUCUUCGUUUCCCCCUAUGGUGGUCGACGCCUCGGCCAUGGCCGGUGGCUCAUCCGUCGCCUCGGCCGCUGACCCCAGCGAUUUCAUAAUAGCAAUCGCUGCUCAGGAGCGGCGCGUCCUGGAACUGCGUGAGGAGCUCGACCGCGCCGAGAAGGAGCUGUCGGUCCUCAAGAAACGCUGGUCCUCGAAAGAGGUUUACAGCCGACGCGGAUCGUCAGCCCGCCACCAACACCACCACCACGCCACCGCCCCUCCCACGCCUACUACCACUAGCGAUGCUAGCGAGGCCGGAGUUCACACGCCCAAGCACAGCGUCGAGUUCGACCGCAAGAAGCUCCUCCGCCAGCAGCAGGAGAUGACGGCAUCGGCGUCGGGCACGCCCAACCGCCGCAGGGUGAUCCGCGGCGGGCACACGCGCACCCUGUCGCUCCUGUCGCCAACCAAGCCUGACUCUCCGGGCUUCCCCGCCCCCGACGACGACAGCGGGCUGCCCCUCCCGCCCGUGGAGCGCCGCGCCGCCCAGCUGACCAACCCCAACCUGGCCAAGCGGGCGUCCUGGCAGCCCCAGCACAGCCGCCGCCAGUCAAGCGUCACCUCCCCUGGCAUCGUCGAGGACUUUAGGCUGGGCCUCCGAUCUUUUGUCGAGGACCUCCGCCAGAUCACCGUGGGCGACGAGCCCAUCACAGGCCACGUGCAGGCGUCGUCGUCCAGCCUGCAGAGGAAGCUGCAGCAGCAGCUGUUCUCGCCCGCCGCCGCCGGCGACGACACCAUCCGCGCCACCAACGGCCAGUCCGUCACCAGGCCCAAGGCCACGGCGGCCCUAUACGACGCGCCCGCCUCCGUGUCGGCCUCCGGGACGUCGACGACCAGCGCCAAGGCAGCGGCCUCUGGUGCUUCCAUCGAGAGACCCAAGCCCGCCGCGUCGUCGUCCAGGACGAAGCACUUCUCCUGGACGCCGCUCAGCUUCGACUCGCUAGACGACAGCGCCUGGACGAACUGGGAGUCCCCCGUGUCUGCCAAGUCGACGGCUCGGUGGAGCGGGUCCAGCAUCAACAGUGCUGGAGGGGGGGACGACAUCGAAUCUAUCCCCGAGGCUCGAGAGGAGACUGACGAAUCAUCACCCACAAAAUCCAUCUUCUCGACGUUUGCCGACGGCCCCGUUGCCCUCCCCCCCAAACUGGGCGAGAUGCUCCCCAGCAUGGUCAACCGUCUGUCCCCCACCAACAUCAAGCGCACGGCCGACAACUUCAUGAAUGAGUGGGAGAGGUCGCUCGUGGACCCGGAUCCUUCUGCGGACAAGGAGUCCGUGGUCAGCGAUGCUGCCGAUGACAACAACAACAACAACAAGGAGAAUCAGCAACCGCUUCCAAUCUGA